GCAGGGAGGCUCUCGGUGGCUCGACCCUUCCUCCCUUUCUGCUGCGUUUAACCGUUCAAACUCUCCAAACCGCCCGAUUUCAUAAUUUCCUGGAACCUUCAGGAGCAACUUUAACAAGACCGGGGACGAUAAAACCCACAACUGUUUAUUGGAUUUCCUUCCAUUUUUCUCCUUUAGGGUAUUUUUAGCCGAGCUUUUUUUUUAUUUUUUUCUCUCUCUCUCUCAAUCAGCCGGGGCUCGACCGAGGAGGAUUUAACGAAGGAGUUACAUGCUUGUUUCUAUGGUAACGCAGCGUUUCCAGCGCCUUUGAAGGACCGAAGGUUAUCAGCGAGCAUCCAGCAAACUCUGAAGCUCUCUCCACCAAUGAGCAGCCAGACCAACGGCGGGGAGGCGGUCCCCGCGUCUCGGUCCAAUCAGAGGUCGUUUCUGGAUGACAUCAUCCUGACCUUCAGCUCCCCGAUGGCCUGGCUGCUGGUGGUGGCUCUGGUCAUCACCUGGUCGGGAGUCGCCAUCGUCCUGUUCGACCUGCUCGACUAUAAAACUCUGGCAGACUACACGUCAUACUGUGACGACCCCGUGUGUUUAUCUCACGGUCUUCCUCCUCCGGCUGCCAUCGCCAAGAGAGGCCUGAAGGCCAGAGGUGGGAUUCGUCCAAUCAGAUCGAGCCCCGCCGUGGUCCCCGCUGACAUCGCGGCGGAGGAGAGCGCCGAUUGGCUGGAGAUGAUGUGGAGCUUUGCAGCCAGCCUGGUGGCUCCUGAGGAGGAGGAGGAGGAAGGUAUUCAGCAGCUAACCGAAACGCUCACAUCUUUUCACUCAGAGGAACUUUGAAGGAACCGAGAACGUUGAAGUUGUGGAACAGAAGAAGAAGAAGGAGAAGCAGAGAAGCAGAAGGAUGUUGUAAAUUAUGUCCCCCUCGUGUUAUUUUCUGUCUGUUGUUAACUUGGUGAAUUAAAAACUCUCCAAACUCAGA